UAGUUUUAUAAAUUCGGCUUCCUACGGCUCCCUCCCCUACAACCGUUCAACUUCCACGAAAAAAGGGAGAGAGCGAGGGAGAAAAUUUACGGACAGGUUGCAUAACGGAAUCAACAUACAAUCAUUUGACAAAUUUGAUUUUCAGUCCCUAACACGUUAAAGCGAUAACGGAAAAAAACAAUUUGUCCGAGUUAAUUUCCCCACAAUAAUUUAUCUAAACGAAAGAUAAUGGCUCAAUAAAAAUUCAUUAUCAAAACUCGCGAAAGCAAAUCGGUAGUCAUAUGAUCAUAUCGUUCUCAGUAUGGUUAUAGUUGUUUAAGCUUAUCAAACGAUAUUCUCUAAGGCAGACAACAGGUAGUUUCGGUUGGAGUUGUUCUCCAAUAAAACUAGCAGUACAAAUACAUACAUAUUACCAGGCAUCUUUUGUGAGAGUAAACAUAAUAAUUGAUACAACGGUGUAUCAAAGUGUAGUCAAAAGAAAAGAAAAAUAUGAAAGUGUGUGUAAUCGGAGCAGGUGCGGCUGGACUUUGCGCUGCACGUCACUUGGCGGCAAACUCGCACAAAUUUGAAUUGUCAGUGUUCGAAAAAUCGUCAGACAUUGGCGGCACAUGGAUUUACACUGAUAAUGUUGGUCUUGAUGAUAGUGGUCUUCCUGUGCAUUCUAGCAUGUAUAAAAAUCUGAGAACAAAUUUGCCGAAGGAGAUAAUGAGCUUUCCAGAUUUUCCUGUGAUGAAGGGAGAACACAAAAGCUGUGUCUCACAUCAAACCGUUCUAAACUACUUAAAAGACUAUGCACGGAGAUUCAAUUUACGACAAUACAUCGAGUUGAAUACAUUAGUGGAGAGCGUCCAAUUGGUUCCGUCGACAGAGCAGUGUCAUUCGGAAAAAUGGAAAGUCAAAGUAAGAAAUAUCAAGAGCCGGGAAACGAAAGAAGAGGUUUUCGAUGCAAUCAUCGUUUGCAAUGGUCAUUAUUUCGAACCAUAUAUUCCAUCGAUUCCUGGUAUCAGUAAUUUUCAUGGGCAGAUUAUCCAUAGUCACAAAUACAGAACAGCAGAGGCAUUUUCUGGCAAAACAGUAAUAUUACUAGGAGCCUCAAGCUCAGGAAUCGAUAUUGCUUUCGAAUUGUCAGGCCAUGCGUCACAAGUCUACCUCAGUCACAAUAAAGAAAGGCUAGCAAACGAACGCAACUGUCUGGGAUUCAACGAAGUCCGUGGAGUUGAAAAAUACGAAGACAAGGCCUUCGUACUGAGAGACGGCGAACGAAUAGGAAACGUAGACGUACUGCUGCUUUGCACAGGUUAUCAAUUUGUGUACCCGUUCCUCGAGGCAAGCUGCGACAUCCGCGUGGACGACAAUUAUGUAUCACCGUUGUACAAACACUUGAUCAACGUAGAGCAUCCGACGAUGUGCCUCCUUGGAGUGCCCAUGCUUGUUGUGCCUUUUCCCUUGUUUCACGUGCAGAUCCAAUAUUUCCUGGCGCUGCUGAAAGAAGAGGCGCGACUACCAUCCAAGGCUGUAAUGCUAGAGGAUGCCAAAUUAAAAACACCAAAAAAACGACAUGCCCAUAAACUUUCCUCAGCCCAAUGGGCGUACAACGACGAACUUGCGAGCGCGGGCAAUUUCGAAGGCUUGCCCCCUUACUACAGGCUCGGCUACGAGGCAUGGCGGCAGAAGGCGAUGAGUAAUUUGAAGCAUUACAAGCAAUUCAAUCUCGUGGUCGAAGCGGAUAAGCUAUCAGUGCGCAUUGCUGAAUGAACAUCGCUUUCUAUGUAUAUUGAACCUUCGCAUAUUGGAUUUUCACAUUUUCACGUUACGCGCUCUGUAUAACCUACAGUGCAAUCAUAUUUGUUUUCAAUGAAAUUAGAGCAGUAGUUAAAUCCCUUUUUCAUAAGUCUUAUUUCAUUUACCGCGGAAAUAUAUCGUAACAUUUACAAUAUAAUACAUCAAACCACUUACAUCGAAUAAUUUAUUUUGUUAUCUCGCAAGGAGAUUAUCUCAUCUUCGUAUUGUGGAUUUUGGAUAAUCUUUUCACACCUGAAUAUAUAAAAAGACGCAUUUAUUAAUCAUACCGUUCUAUGUUUUUUUUUUAUUAAAUUCUGCGAAAAUAAUUCAGUAAUCUGUUACGAUUUAAACUGAUGACGAGGAUAAAA